GUCAUAAUGUUUAGCAACAAAAGUCUUCCUCUUCAGGCGAAAGGACGGAACUGCGUUUCUCUCAUUUUACGACUGUUUUUUAGCGAAACCGAAGCCGAAAUCGAGUUUUCUGAACCAUGGGAGCCGUGCUGGGAGUGUGCAGCUUGGCCCAGAUGGCCUGCUGCUGUGGCUCCGCUGCCUGUAGUCUCUGCUGUGCGGCUUGUCCAUCAUGCAAGAACUCAACAUCAUCACGUCUUAUGUAUGCUAUAAUGAUGCUACUAGGCACCAUUGUAGCCUGCAUUAUGCUCUCCCCAGGUCUUGACAGUGCUUUACAAAAGGUCCCAUUCUGUGACAAUGGUGAAGGAACCGGCUUAUUGGAUGCUGCAACUAAUGCUGUCAAGGUCGACUGCUCCGGGGUGGUGGGAUAUCUGGCGGUGUAUCGACUAUGCUUUGCUAUGUCGCUGUUCUUCUUCUUUAUGGCCCUGAUUAUGAUAGGAGUCAAAUCCAGCAAGGAUCCGAGAGCAGGCAUUCAAAAUGGAUUCUGGGCCAUCAAGUACCUGGUUCUCAUUGGAGCAAUCAUCGGAGCAUUCUUCAUUCCUCACGGGCAGUUCGGACAGGUGUGGAUGUACUUUGGCAUGAUCGGGGGCUUCCUGUUCAUUUUGAUUCAGCUGGUGCUCAUCAUCGACUUUGCACACUCCUGGGCCGAAUCCUGGGUCGACCGCUAUGAGGAAACUGAGAGCCGUGGAUGGUAUUGUGCUCUGCUGUCCUUCACCUUCCUGCACUAUGCCCUGGCCAUCACUGCUAUUGUUCUCUUCUACGUGUUCUACACUACUUAUGAAAGCUGCAGCCUCCACAAGUUCUUCAUCUCUUUCAACCUGAUCUUGUGUGUGAUCAUCAGCAUCAUCAGCAUCCUUCCCAAGAUCCAAGAGGCACAGCCACGAUCAGGCCUCCUGCAGGCUUCAGUUAUCACCCUGUACACCAUGUAUCUGACCUGGUCUGCCAUGACCAACACCCCUGACAAGGAGUGCAAGCCAAACUGGGUCUCUGUUAUUAAUGGAGAUGAUCAAAAGGAGGGCAACGAACCCAAAUUCGAUGGAGAAUCAAUUGCAUCCCUGAUCAUCUGGUUCUGCUGUGUCCUCUACUCCUCCAUGCGCACGGCCUCCAACUCCCAGGCAUCAAGGCUGACCAUGUCUGACAAGGUGCUCCUCAAGGACGACUCAACCCGUAGGAGCCUGGGCGACAUUCCCCUCGUGUCCAACGAGGUGUUGCAAGGCGCUUCAGGAGACCCAGAAUCAGGUGAGGGCCACCAUGUAUGGGACAAUGAGGAGGAGGGAGUAGCUUACUCCUGGUCAUUCUUCCACAUCAUGUUUGGCCUUGCCACACUCUACGUCAUGAUGACACUCACCAACUGGUUCACACCCAACUCCGACCUCACCACACUCUCCAGUAACAUGGCUGCUGUCUGGGUUAAGAUUGUAUCCAGCUGGAUCUGCCUCCUCCUAUACGGAUGGACCCUGAUUGCACCUGCAGUCCUCACUAACAGGGACUUCAGCUAAAAACCACAUAGCCCAAGCAAUAGAGGGAGAAAGAUCCCCAUUUUUUGCAAAGCUACUGAAAAUUUUAGCUUUGACAACUUUUAGAUCUUAUGAGAUAACAAGUGUCUUUGAUGUGAAUACUCUGAUUAAAGAAAAAAGCCAUGGUAUUUAAUAGGAAGACUAGGUUGUAUGUGCAUGCAUUUCAAAGAUAUUGUACGUCAUUCAUUCACUAUAUUCAAAGGUUAUUUGUGUUAAUUACAGUUACCAGAUGUGGCUUUGUGGUUAGAGAUUUGCAUAAGACAUAGCAGUUAAUCAGUUCUCCUUUUUUCUUCUUUUCUUUUACUCUUUGGAUUAACAUACCUGUUGGUCAGCUUUUUAGAUUAAAAGGCAAAGAAUAUACAUAGAUACCUAAGUAAGCUAUAAAUUGUGAUGAAAAUCAUUCCUCUUAAUCAAAGCAAGUGGAAUUUGUUACCCCCCAACCCCCCAACCCCCGCCCAUAUGUGAUUUGAAUUUUGUUUCCACACUUUCACACACACACUAACACAUGAAUAUAUUCCUUCCUUCAAAUGUUUUAGGGUUGUUUGUUAAAAAACAAAGAAAUAUGACUUAGUUUUCCUUCUUUAUGUCUGCUAGUCAAGUCUUUUCAAGGAUUUUUUCCCCAUCUUUAACAUUAAGCUCAGAUAAAACAAGGUCUACACAUGUAGGUGGUUAUUUGUAAAUUCAUUAUUGUGUAACAUUUAAGUGUGUUUGGUCAGUGUAAAUGUUUUUAGGGGCUUGUAACUACAAUAUUUAUCCUUGAACUAUUAUUAGGUAUUAUUAUUAUUUUUUUUUUUUGUAUUGAUUUGUUUUGAGAGUGCAAUUUUUAGAAUGUAUUCAUGAAGACUGUUGGUCUGUUAUUUUUGUUAUCAUAUGAGAUUUAUAAAGUUUUUUUUUCAUGAAUGGUAUGAAACUGAAGACAAAGAUAUAUUAUUCUGUAUUAGGUUAAUAAAGCACUUAAGAAAUGGAAGGUUACUUUUAAUAGCUAAAAUUCCUUCACAAAAAAUAUAGAUUCAAAUUUGUAAGCAAACUCUAAAUUUGCACGGAAUUUGUAACUUGCAAUGAGGAGUUAUUUGUUAUGUGAUAUUCUCCAUUUGGAAAGGAUUAUAUAUAUAUACAUGCAGAGAGAGAGAGAGUGUGUUUGUGUGUUAGAAAACAACACUUAGAAAUAAUUACAUUUUAUAUAAUUUCCCUACAUACUUUAUUAACCAAUGUCAGGACUCUUGAAUUAAAAGCAUUAUUAGGUAUGAGGCCUCCCUCUUUUCUUUAUUAUUCAUUAAUGUUUGCAACCCUCGAGAUACCAAGUUCAUGUUUGUGCAGGAUAUCAGCAACACUCAAAGGAGAGUUGUUCAUGUUGUCUGUCCUUUAUUAUAGGCUGCCAUUAUUUUUGCUAGAAGUAUAUUGGUGUUCUUCCUAUUGUCACUAGAUUUUUUUUUCCUUUUUUUUUUCUCUCUUUUUUUUUUUAGAAUUUUGUGUUCUGUUUUACUCAGAUUUAACUCUGAGCAGUUAAGAAGUUGGAUACAAUUGUUUUAAAGAUGUGUUGGUACUUAAAAGAUAUUGUAAACUGUGAUUUCACUUGAAUGUAUUUCAAAAAGUAUAUACAUAUUAUGUAAUCCCAAAUUCUGUGAAACCUGCUAAUCACCAAAUGUAAUUUAUUGUGUAUCAGUGAACAAUAAAUAUAACCCUGAAAUAACA